UCUGAAAAAUGGUGUUGAUGUCUCUGUUUUAGUAGCAUGAAAUGUCAAUUGUUUCAAAUACAGAUCGAGAAAACCCAAAACCAAAUGCCGAUUCUGAACCUCGCAUUACCAGGGCCUUGAUUUCAGAUGUGGGUUUAAUUUAGUGACUAAAUUAAUCAUGCUCAUACCUCAUAGGAGUACUACCUUCUGAUGCGCAAAUCGGAUGAUUCAUAUCACAUAGAAGUGUAGAACAGUGCGCUUUCCUGACACAUUGCGAAUUGGUUGGGAACCGUGAUAGGCUUCGCUAAACUCGCGUCAGAUGCGUAGUAAGUACGUUUUGAUUCUAAGAAGGCGUAAUCUAGUUAGUGUGGGUCGGACUGCGUGGGGAGCAAAUGGUCAAGUCCUCACCUUUGGACGAGGAGGAGCGAGGGUGCGAGGGAAUUCACUGGGAAUGAGCGCUCAACUUCCUCCGCCGACGGCGAGCGGCAACCGCCUCGCGGUCAUCGCGUCCCACUUAUCAUGCCCUCCGCUCGGCAGUCCGGCAGCCAUGUCCGGGGAGAAGGAAGCCGCCCUCGCCGCCGAGCCCAUCGCCACCGGCACCCCUACCAUUUUUGACAAAAUUAUUCGGAAGGAGAUCCCAUCUCAGGUGGUUUAUGAGGAUGAGAAGGUUCUUUCAUUUAGAGACGUAUCACCACAAGCUCCUACACAUAUUAUAAUCAUUGCGAAGGUUAACGAUGGGCUGUCUAGGCUGUCGAAGGCAGAAGAAAGGCAUGUCGAAGUUCUGGGCAGUCUCCUGUAUGCUGCAAAGAUUGUAGCAAAGCAGGAAGGGCUUGAUGAUGGCUUCAGAAUUGUCAUCAACGAUGGACCCAAAGGAACGCAAUGGGUCUACCACCACCUGCACGUUCAUCUUCUCGGUGGACGGCAGAUGAAUUGGCCACCGGGAUGAGUUGAUAUUGCAGAAGGGACUUUACUCCUGUAGAACUAUUGUUGUAAGACCCAGGCAAAGGGCUUCGUGGGAGUGGGACAUGUUGUACACUCGUUAGGAAUUCAUAAGUCAUAACACACCCUCAUGCGCAGUUUGCUUUGUGUUGCAAAACUCGUUUUGAGUUGGAGUUGGAGAACAGUCAUCCGUAGACGCUGCCCCCUGUUCCUGUUAUGAUUCCGUGUGCGGAACCCACCCGUUUCGUUGCUCUCUGU